UCAGUGAUUGAGGCGCGCCCGUGUCAGUCCGGGAGAGAGCGCCGGGGACCGGGCGCGCAGCCGGACAGCCGCAGGUGGGGCCUCGGUCGGCGGCGGAGGGACCGAGCCCGAGCUGGGGAGCCCCGGCGCCCCGCGCGGGGAGCGCCCAGGAUGCCCCGCGGGGACUCGGAGCAGGUGCGCUACUGCGCUCGCUUCUCUUACCUCUGGCUCAAGUUCUCGCUCAUCAUCUACUCCACGGUGUUCUGGCUCAUCGGGGGCCUGGUCCUGUCCGUGGGGAUCUACGCGGAGGUCGAGCGGCAGAAAUACAAGACCCUGGAAAGUGCCUUCCUGGCUCCUGCCAUCCUCCUCCUCCUGCUGGGGGUCAUCAUGUUCAUCGUCUCCUUCAUCGGUGUGCUGGCCUCCCUGCGGGACAACCUGUGCCUCCUCCAGGCGUUUAUGUACAUCCUCGGGAUCUGCCUCAUCAUGGAGCUCAUUGGCGGCGUGAUGGCCUUGAUCUUCCGGAACCAGACCAUUGAGUUUCUCAACGACAACAUCAGAAGAGGAAUUGAGAAUUACUAUGAUGACCUGGACUUCAAAAACAUCAUGGACUUUGUUCAGAAGCAGUUCAAGUGCUGUGGCGGCGAGGACUACCGAGAUUGGAGCCAGAACCAGUACCACGACUGCAAUGCCCCCGGGCCCCUGGCCUGCGGGGUGCCCUACACCUGCUGCUUCAGAAACACGAUGUCGUCAACACCAUGUGUGGCUACAAAACCAUCGACAAGGAGCGCCUCAGCGUGCAGGACGUCAUCUACGUGCGGGGCUGCACCAACGCCGUGCUCAUCUGGUUCAUGGACAACUACACCAUCAUGGCGGGCCUCCUGCUGGGCAUCCUGCUCCCCCAGUUCCUGGGGGUGCUGCUGACGCUGCUCUACAUCACCCGCGUGGAGGACAUCAUCACGGAGCACUCUGUCACCGAUGGGCUCCUGGGGCCGGGCGCCAAGCCCCGCGUGGAGGCGGCGGCCACGGGAUGCUGCUUGUGCUACCCCAGUUAGGGAUCAUGCCCGGGACAGCAGCGCCAGCAGCUCACGUGGCCCAGCGCCUCUGAGUCCACGCCGUGCCCUGGGCUGGACAGCACCACGGCCCCUCUGCCUGACCGAAACCCAGGCUGUGUGCGCCAUGCUGUUACGGGCUCCCAUGGCCACGCCCUCCCCAGGGGCAGGGCCUGAGGCCCUCCCAGAAGAGGAUUUGCACCCCAGGCUGAUGGUUGAGCUCCUGGAGCCUGAGGCCCGCUGGGCCACAAGGCAGGGAGGGGUCUCUUCUCCAGGGCUGAGCUCAGAGUCCAUUGCAUUCCUGGCAGUGCCUUGGUGCACUGUUGAUUCCCCAGUUGGGAGUCUUUCUGUAGUGAUCCGUAACCGAGGGGAGAGAAGUGCGUGCCUGUGGGGCAGGGGCUGCGGCUUCACUAACCCUAUUUUUCUAUGUGAUUUUUGUAACAUUCAUAUUUUGUACACAGUUAACGGGAGUUUCUGACUAACCAAAGCUGAGUGCCUGCCCUCCCAGCCAGUCCAUUAAUCAAACAAUGAAGACAUGCA